CAUGGCGACCAAAAUCUCUUCAACAACUUACUGAAACUAUUAAAGCAUUUUCACAAGGAAAAUCUUUUCUUGAUCGCCAUUGGAUUAUUUUCUAUUGGAUUGCAUCUAAUAUUGAAUAUGAUACUGUAUCAUAUUUUAGUGGCCAAUAUGGUGAUCAAACUGCAGAAGGAGUAUUUCGAGCAAAGAAAGGUGUUUGUGCUGGUUAUGCUAAUUUAUAUAAAUAUUUAUCUGAUCAAUUAGAAAUGCCAUGUGAAGUUGUUAGUGGAUAUUCAAAAGGUUAUGGAUUUGAAGAUCGUACAGAUGCUCCUAGUGAAAUAGAUCAUGCAUGGAAUGCUGUUGAGAUUGAUCAUCAGUGGUAUUUAAUGGAAUCAACAUGGGGUGCUGGACAUUUAGAUGAUACAAAACAAUUUAAACGUGAAUUAUCAUCAUAUUAUUUUCUUCCACAUCCAAAUGAAAUGAUUUAUCAUCAUUUACCUGAAAAUGAAAAAUGGCAAUUAUUGCGAACACCAAUAAAAAUGACACAAUAUUUACAAAUGCCUGAAUUUCGUCCACUUUACUUUGAUUUACAUAUUGAAUUAGUUAGUCCACGUAAUCAAGCUCAUGUUGAUCUUCUUCCUGGUAAAUCAUAUGCUUUAAUUCUUCUACGAACACCUUCAGAUGUUCGUCUCAUAGCAGCUUUAAAAUUCAAUAAUGAAAAAAUCGAUGGUGGUCAUUAUAUCAUGUUUGAUAGACACGAACAACUUUAUCGUUGUUAUUUUGCACCAACAAACAUUGGUAAACAUACAAUAACUAUUUUCGGAAAAAGAGGUGAUUCAGAUAGCGGUCAGUACACUCCAGCAUUGGACUUUAAACUCGAUGUGAAACAAAUACCAAAAACUAUUGUUAGUUUUCCACAAACUUGGAAGAACUUUUCCGACUUAGGUUUAGAAGUUAUUUCUCCUCAAAAUACACAUCUAAUUAAACUUAAUAAUGGGGUUAAUCAUGCACAGAUUCUUAUUAAAACACCAGAAAAUGUUGAACUUCUUGGACGUCUUGAGAAUGAACGAAAAGAAGAAGUCACAGGUGGCGAUCAAGUUUAUUUUGAUCGACGAAAAAAUAUCUGGCGAUGUUACUUUGCACCUGAUCGAAAUGGUCUUUUCGAAGUACUUAUCAUGGCUAAGAAGAAAUCUGAUCCUGGAAGUUAUACAUCUGCUGUUGCAUUUAAAAUUGAAGCAAGACAAAUUCCAUCACCACCCAUGUCUUAUCCUUAUACGUGGCCAUCUUUUUAUGAUUUUGAUCUCAAAAUUGAAGCACCACGAAAUCGUUCAAAUGCUAUUUGGGUUGAUAAUGCAUCAUAUGCUGAAGUUCUUAUUCGAACACCUGAUGAUGUUCAACUUUCAUGCGAUAUCAAAUAUAAUAAUGUUAAAGUUGAAAAUGGAUCAUUGACUCAAUAUAAUAAUGAAAAAAAACUUUGGCAACUUUUAUUUGCACCUGAACGAACAGGUCUACAUGAGCUCAUUGUUUAUGCUAAAAGAAAUAAUGAUAAUGAAUCGUCAUCGAAAUCUGUUGUCCGAUUCAAUCUUAAUGUUAAUAAACUUCGACGAUCAAUUAAAUUUCCUCUGAUUUAUAGUCAAUUUCAAACUAAAAAAUGUCAAAUAUAUACACCGAUUGAUGGAAUAUUAAAGAAAGGCUCUGUUGUUCCAAUUCAUUGUGUCAUUCCAGGUGCAAGUGAUGUCAAU